AGCUUCGUUGUCUAUUAUUAGUCCUCGGUCAUCGGAGAGGAGUUUCUAUGUAUGCAAGUAACGCAACGACACGACGACGCACGUACGCACGCACGCAUGCAAGUAUCGACGUUUGACGCGGAAAAGUCAUAUCUUCUCGAAGAAAAAAGUUAUCAAAUUAUAAAAUUGUCACACUUCGUAAAUUCAUCAUCGUACACGUGUUAGGAAUUCUCAGGUUACUAUUGUGUUUAGUUGUGUUUGGUGACUACGUAAGAGGAAGGAUUUUGGUUGGAACAUCUGUUCACUAAACCUCAGGAAGGAUGAUUCUCUCACAUUCUUCAUUAUGAGGGAUGCAGUGUUACGGAAAGGAAAUAAUAACGUAGUCAGUCCCAAGUCCAAACCGUCCUUAGAGAUAUAUCGCCCCCCAGGUGGUAGAGCGGAUGGUACCACGGCAAACGCUUCUACCCUCCGACUAAACGUGCACGCCAAAGAAUUCACCAUGAAACAGAACGACUCGCAUUCUUCUAAGUCUCGGAUUAAUACAUUCGACCGCUCUCCGUAUUAUCUACAGCAUAGUAAGUCAAGUGGCAACGUCCACAGAUAUAUUUAUACUCAACAACAGCAGCAACAACAACAGCAGCAGCAGCAGCAACAUCAACUGUCUCGUCAUUCUCAAAGUAAUCAUCACUCUACAAUAAAUUCCACAUUACGUCAACCUUAUCAUUUAGAAACGUCUGCGUCCAGUGGAAACAUUUUGCAUACUGCAGGUCGAGUACACUUCAACGUUGAUAAAAACGCGAUCAAGACUAAUUCUAUAAAACCGGGUAAACUCACCAAGUCCUUAUCAUUCGUAUCUACUUAUGGUCUAAAGCGCUCUAAAAGUUUAAAUUCGGCGGAUGUAUUAGCCGCAAAGGCUCUUAGUAUCUCUGAUGCCUCCGAACUUGGAAAAUUUCCUACACCUGUUCAAGAUAUACUUUUGCGAGCCUUAGAAGAUCCAAAUUUUUUAAAUACAAGGACAUUAAUGGAACUAGUACGACAUAUAGUGGAAAGAGUAGUUGAAAAUCGCAAAUACGCCGAGCCAGCAGCUAAAAUUUGCAUCACAAUUAUAGAGAAAGAAACAAAAGAAACAUUUCUGGAAUCCUUGCUAAACACAUGCCAACAAUGGUAUCAGGAUCGCGCUAGAAAAUUACACGACGACAUGAGCUGUCAACGAUAUUCAGCUUUUAUGACCUUUCUCAAUGAAAUGUAUUGCCAGCUAAAGCGACGGCAGUUGCAACUUAAGACGCAACAAGAAGGAGUUCCACCAGGACGCAUGCUCCUCACACUACUAUGGAAAUGUUGUCAGGAUUGUUUACAACCGUCUGUCAUCAAUUCACUUGCUGAAACGAAUUGCUUAUUCUUCAUCCUCAUGUGUAUCGGUAAGGACUUGGAUGCAGAGUUGCCAGUACAACUACAGCAACUGCUUGGGAGUGUGCGCGAUGCUUUUUUAGCAGAAGAAACGACAAUACUGCCUUCGGUUAAAAAGACGCUUCUGCAACUGAUUGAACUCCAUGCUGCUCAUUGGCAACUACCGGCACCAGCGGUGGUUUACUAUUACCCCAACUCAAAUUCUAAAUAA